AUGGCUCCUGUUCGCAACCCUCCUUCGCAGAGCGUGCGACCUCUGAAAUCUAUCCUGAAACAGACCUCCAAGACGGCUGGAUCAACUGCGACGCCGAAGUCUGAACCACUCUUCCCAUCUUCGAAGAAGGACAAGCGUCGAAUAAAACAUGCCGAACUCAUGAACAAGGUCACAAAAUCCGCUGCCAAAAAAUCAAGACGAAGGCGACCAAACAAGAAACUUGUCACGAAUCUCGAUGCCCUUGCAGCGGCACUUCCGGAUGACGACGAACUGGAAAAUAAUGGUGCACAUGGAACAACCGCACCGACAAGCGACCAGAUUCAAGACCAAGUCAACAUAAUUCGGCGAAAAAGCAUGAAAUCACGACCGGGCGCCCUGAAAAGGAGGGAGAAAGUCGACAAAGGUGAACGAGAUCGAUUUGCGAAGAAUAUGGCGCAACUUGCAGUAUCUAGGUCCGUCAAUGAAGGUUCGGCAGACGAAUCUGGCAACGCUGCAGGUGGGGGAGGCACCACUGCUGCCAUUUCAUCGACAAGUGAGAGGUGGGCGGCUCUGAGGGGUUUCAUCUCUCAGACGCUCGAGACGAGGCCCGACUUGAAGAUCACAACUUAA